AGCAGAGAGUUCUCAUCCAGCACAAAGCCCCACCUUGGAAGAAUACUUCCUUCCCUUUUCCAUUGUUCCCAUGGGCCACCAGGUGGGGGAAGACAAAGGAACGGUGUCAGGGGCAGCUGGAUUUUGGUGGAGGAUCCGACCUCUUUCUUGCCAUGAUCACCGCCGUCUGAUGAGGAAUGACACAGCAUAGAAUCCUCGGUUGAGUACACGUGCUAGUUUUCUCUCUCUCUCUCUCUCUCUCUCUAACUUUGCUUCUAUGCAUGGAUUUUCUCCUCCCCUGCACCGCCCAAUGGCUACCAAGGGGAGAAAAAGCUCGAUGGAAGCUACCACCACUCUCCUUCCUCUUCUCCCUUUCUUUCUCUGUAACUGCUUGCACAGAAGCUAAAACCUCCCACAGCUGCUACAAGAUAUCUUCACACUACACGAGGAAGAAGAGAAAGCAGGGCAGUUGGAAGCAGAGAGAGAGAGAGAGAGAGAGAGAGAGAGAGAGAGAGAGAGAGAGCUGGGGCAAUUAGAUCUUGAGCCGAGAAAUCAGGAAGCCUCAAAGAUCUAGGGGAAUUUCUUGAACCCAUUUGAGCUCGUAAACUGUCCGUUCUUGAUCUUGGCCAGUGCACGCACUCGGAUGGAAGGAGAUCGGCUGACGCCGGCGCCGGGGCUGCUGCCGUUGUCGAAGCACCGCUGCAAGGUGUGCAGCAGGAGCUUUCCGUCAGGGAGAUCUUUGGGUGGCCACAUGAGGUCUCACGUCAACGUGGCCGCCAAGUCGCCCUCGUCUGACGAGCGGCGGAGGGAGAACCCCAGGAAGACUCGGAAGCGAUCGGAUUCCGGCGGUGGAGGUGGAGAGGUGCAGUGCAAGGAGUGCGGGAAAGAGUUCCUGUCCUGGAGAGCGCUCUUUGGGCACAUGAGGUGCCACUCCGAGAGACCUUACGAGGAGAGAGGAGAGCGUGACGGCUCCUGCAGCAAUGCCGGCCAUUGCAAUAGCCUCGAGAACCAAUUCGACAGCGAGGCCGCAGCAGCAACCGUUUCACGGAAGAUGCUCUCGAAGUGGAUCGGUCUGGCCUCUGUUUGCUCCUCUUCAGCUUGCCAGUACGAGCCCGAGGACGAGGACGGCGCCAUCAGCCUCGUGCUGCUCUCGAAGGGUGUCAGACACUGGAGCGGCGGCUGCAGUGAGUCUCCGAACAAGGAUUCAGAGGUUCCUGAGAGCUCGGACUUUGUCUCAGAUGGCAGUGAGAAGAAGGGAUUCGAGUUAGAUGAUUUAAGAACCGAGUUCAAGAAGGUGGAAUCUGAUGCUUCCGAUGCUGGGAUUGUUAGGGAUGACAUGAACCCUGAUAGCUCCAAGCAAGAUCUGAGCUCUGCUGUUACCGAACCAAGCAUGAAGCCUGGAUUCGAUGCAAGUGGUGUUCGACUCGGAAAGAAUUCUUCAAGCACACUGGAGAGAUCGGAUGGUUGCUCGGACAAGACCACCAAGAAGAGAAGCUGGUUCGACUGCAAGCCCUGCAACAAGGUUUUCCGCUCCUACCAAGCUCUCGGAGGCCACAGAGCAAGGCACAAGCGGAUGAAAGGCUGCCAUGGCCACAGGCUCCAUGGCGUUGACAACAGCAUGGAGACAGAUGGUUCGAUUAAUGGAACAGCAACGGAGGAAACCUUCGGUCGCCAUGGAUCACCCAAGUCGACCAAGGGUCAUCGGUGUCCGAUCUGUAGUAAGUUCUUCAGCUCCGGCCAGGCUUUGGGCGGUCACAAGAGGUCUCACUUGGUGGCAAACACUGCUUGCCCCGUUGUGAUUCCUCGCCAGCCAUUCAAGAUGUCCCAGUUGCUCGAUCUCAACCUUCCUGCUAAUGGAAGCGACGACUAUGGUGGACGGGAGUCAACCUCAAGCACGAGCUACUGUUUCAUCCACUAACAGGUCCAGUUGCUGCUGACAGUUGACCUUUGACCUCUGUUUUCUCAGUUGCUUCUCCUUUACAUUGUUUUGUCCAAUAAACCGAUGUUGAGGUUAUGACAUCCUAUGAAUCAGUGGUUUGAAGCUCCAAAGAAGCUCAGUUCUCGACAGUGUUCAUCAGCAAUGAUCAUUCUAUUGAAAUAUUGAUUGCAUGUUGAGUAAAGGUCAUCUGUAAAACAGAGGUAUCCUGAAAACUUCAUUUAAUCUGCAAUUGCUGUAACUUCAGUUCUCAUCAAAAUGAUGUAGUUUUCAAUUUCUAUUCCA